UUACCCAGUUAUAUGACUUGGUCAAUUACCGGUUUGGUUCUGAAACAUAUCAGACGCGGUGGAGAUGGUAGCGCGAAGAGAGGUCAUACAGUGGAUAGCGGGAAGACUUGUGCUGUUACUCUUGCGGCGGCGUCUGUGUGGUCACGGUGGCUAUUUAUGGUGUGGGUAACGGGUUGGCAGUGUGGUAACCAAGAACGAAUAACUUGUUGGCUAUGGUGUCUCUGUUUCAGCAAUCAUCGUGUGUUAUUGCUACAAAUUACCAAAAGUUUAAAUCUUUUGAAAUACCCAAAUGCUUGUUCUUCCUCAAUUUUCUCAAACAUUUUUGUUCUUCACCAGCACUUGCCUUCGAAGAACCUUGUGUUAAAAUUGAUCCUAGCUUCAAUUCGGAUUCUUUCUAUGCUUCUCUUAUUGAUAAUUCAACACACAGGAACCAAUUGAAUCAGAUACAUAGCCAGUUAUAUGUCUCGGGGUUGCAGCAUAAGGGGUUUCUCAUGACAAAACUUGUUAAUGGAAGUUCAAAUAUUGGAGAAGUUUGUUAUGCACGCAAGGUGUUCGAUGAAUUUCGCCAUCCAGAUGUGUUUAUGUGGAAUGCUAUUAUCAGGAGUUAUUCGAGAAGCAACAUGUUUAGGGAGAGUGUUGAAAUGUAUAGCCGGAUGAGAUCGGCAGGGGUGCAUCCAGAUUGCUACACUUUUCCUUAUGUGCUCAAAGCUUGUACUGAGUUGUCGGAUUUCGGUUUGAGCCGGUUAGUUCAUGGUCAGGUGUUCAGAUAUGGGUUUGUUUUGGAUGUGUUUGUGCAGAAUGGCCUUUUGGCGUUGUAUGCUAAAUGUGGUCAGAUUGGUAAUGCAAGAGUGGUGUUUAAUAGGUUGUGUGAUAGAACUAUUGUUUCAUGGACUUCGAUCAUUUCUGGAUAUGCGCAGAAUGGGGAAGCUAUGGAAGCUUUGAGAUUGUUUGAUCAAAUGAGAAAAACCGAUGUGAAACCUGAUUGGAUUGCUCUGGUAAGUAUUAUGAGGGCUUAUACUGAUGUGGAUGACCUGGAGCAAGGAAGAUCUCUUCAUGGUUGUGUCAUCAAAAUGGGUCUUGAAGAUGAGUCCGAUUUGCAUAUUUCGCUUAUAGCAUUGUAUGCAAAAUGUGGUCAGGUGACAGUUGCAAGAUCUUUCUUUGAUCAAAUGGAGACGAAUAAUGUGAUUAUGUGGAAUGCAAUGAUAUCUGGUUAUGCAAAAAAUGGUCAUGCCGAGGAAGCAGUACAACUAUUUCACGACAUGAUCAGAAGAAAUAUACAACCAGAUUCUGUCACUGUUAGAUCUGCAGUCUUAGCUUGUGCACAAGUUGGUUCCGUUGAAUUAGCACAAUGGAUGGAUGACUAUGUUACUGCGAGUAAAUAUAGAACUGACAUCUUUGUUAACACCACCCUCAUAGACAUGUAUGCAAAAUGUGGAAGUGUAGAAUUUGCUCGCAGGGUAUUCGAUCGUACAUCUGAAAAGGAUGUUGUUGUCUGGAGUGCAAUGAUUAUGGGAUAUGGAUUACACGGUCAAGGCUGGGAAGCAAUUUGUCUUUUCCAAGCAAUGAAACAAGCAGGGGUUUGUCCAAAUGAUGUCACCUUUAUUGGGCUUCUCACAGCAUGCAAUCAUUCUGGCCUUGUAAAACAGGGUUGGGAGCUGUUCCAUUGCAUGAGAGACUUCGGAAUUGAGCCUCGCAAUGAGCAUUAUUCAUGUGUGGUUGACCUCUUGGGGCGCGCAGGUUAUCUAGACAGAGCUUUUGCUUUUGUCAUGACAAUGCCAAUUGAACCUGGUGUGAGUGUUUGGGGAGCACUUCUGAGUGCAUGCAAGAUCCAUCGCCAUGUAACAAUGGGAGAAUAUGCAGCAAACAAGCUAUUCUCGUUGGAUCUUUAUAACACAGGACACUAUGUACAACUCUCUAAUCUCUAUGCUUCCUCGCGUAUGUGGGAUUGCGUUGCACGUGUUCGUGUUCUUAUGAAGGAAAAAGGGUUAAAUAAAGACCUUGGAUUCAGUUUAAUUGAGAUCAAUGGGAAACUGCAGGCAUUUCAUGUAGGCGAUAAGUCGCAUCCAAGGACCGAGGAAAUCUUCAAUGAGCUUCAGAGAUUGGAGAAAAGGUUGAAGGAGAUUGGGUUUGUCCCUCAUACAGAUUCUGUUCUGCAUGAUCUGAAUUAUGAAGAGAAGGAGGAGAAUCUUUGUGUUCAUAGUGAGAGGAUUGCAAUUGCUUAUGGGCUAAUUAGUACUGCUCCUGGAACGACGCUUAGAAUCAUAAAGAAUCUUAGAGCAUGUGUAAACUGUCAUGCAGCAAUAAAGCUUAUAUCAAAGCUUGUUCAAAGAGAGAUCAUUGUAAGGGAUUCAAAUAGGUUUCAUCAUUUUAAGGAUGGUUUGUGUUCAUGUGGAGACUAUUGGUGAGAGAGAUGAAGUAUGAUUUAUGAAUGGCUCACAGGCUCAACCUCAAAACCAGCUAUUGUGGCUUGCCAUCAUUUCUCAAGAUGAAUUAACUGUUAGAAUUUGAAAUCCAAUACUUACACUGAGAUUGUUUGAAACAAUGCAUAUUGACUAAGGAAUACUCAGCAUACUCCUAAAGCUAAUUCAACCAGUUAUUAUUGGGAAUUGGGAUAAGAAAAUAGAGAAGGUGAUGACAAGAAUCAAAAUAUACUUAGAGCAGUCAAAGAUAAAAGUUCAAAAUAAUCUUGUCUCUGAAGGUUUUUAAAGAAAUUGACGGUUAACAAUUUGUCAGAUUUUGUUGAAUACUAUUAUAUUUGAUAUUACGUGUAUAUAUUUUCUUCUAAUUAAUCAAGUUAAAUUCAUUUCAAGUCUAAAAGUGUAUAGAAACUAUUUUGUAUUAUUUGCAAUUAUUUUUUUAAUUAGAAAAAUGUAAAUGGGAAAGAUGGGAAAUAGAAGAGAAAGGUGGUGGCAACAUAGAGAAGAUAAAGAGAAAGAGAACGUAACAUCACGAACCAUUUGGAUCUUCUCUUCUUUGAUCUCUGAAAGACACCAUUUUUGGGAUUUUUUAACCCAUUUCUCUUCAUUCACCAUUUUUUAUCUGUGUAUUUUAAUUGUUCUGUAUAUUUUAAUAUUGUUAUCUGUAUAUUCUAGUUUUUUUUCUUGUGUUACUUCAAUUCUAGGGUUUGAUUCAUGAUAUUUGUGGUGUGUUGCUAAGAUGUGGUUGUCAAAUACUCAAAUUGUGUAGUCUAUUUAUUGGCAAAAUCUGUCCAUGAAUGAAACAAAUAUGAGAGGAAAAAGAAUUUAUCGAUAUAUAUAAAAUGAAUUGAUCCAUAUGACUCUGAAUGUUAUUUUCCUGCUAAAUUGAUCAAGAUAAUGGGGAGUGGGUUUGGGGAUAGUCACCUAAUCCUAUGGGAUGGAAUAAAAUUUGGAAGAUGGUCAUAAGAAGAGUUGUGGUAUUUUAUCUGUAAGGGGUAUUUGCUAUUUAGAAGUUCUAUGAUAAUUCAGUAUGUAACACAGAGAAGGGGAUUCUGUUGGCACUCUAGAACAGCAGAAGUAUGUCUUUACACUGGAACAUAUGAUGCACUUUUUUAUGUUUAUGAUUUGUUCCCUUUAUGUUGACCUAGACAUUUUGCUUUUCAAAAACAAUAAUAAAAUAUAUUGAUUCUGUGCAUCUUUGUUUACCAUGGAAUUAAAGGUUUGGUGUUAAUUUUUAUGAAAACAUCACAUCACUUAUAUUUUCUUACUUUCUUUUGUUCCGGUACUGGACAAAAAAUCUGUGUUGUAUUACAAAUAUUUGGAUGAACAUUUAAAGAAAUAUAGUUUUAGUUUCUGACCUUAUAACCAUGUAUUUCUGAAUUAUUUGUUUACAUGAGAUUCAUUGCAAUGUUUGAAGCUUCUAUUGAUAUCAGUUCUCAAGUUUUAAUUUGUUAAUAUGAAUGUAUCUUUUAUUGCAGGUUUGUUGUAUGUUUUCAGAAUUCUAAAGCAGUAAUUGUUUUCAGGCUUCAAGGCAUAAAAUUCUGACAUGGAUCCAGAACCCAAGUGAGCCCUUUUUUCUUUUUUGGCUUUUUCUUCUAUGUUUGAAACAAUGCAUAUUGACUAAGGAAUACUCAGCAUGCUCCUAAAGCUAAUUCAACCAGUUAUUCUUGGGAUAAGAAAAUAGAGAAGGUGAUGACAACAACCAAAAUAUACUUGAGUUGUCAAAGAUAAAAGUUUAAAAUAAUCUUGUCUUUGAAGGUUUUUAAAGUAAUUGACAGUUAACAAUUUGUCAUAGAUUUUGUUGAAUACUAUUAUAUUUGAUGUUAUAAUGUGUAUAUGUUUUCAUCUAAUUAAUUAAGUUAAAUUCAUUACAAGUCUAAAAAUGUAUAGAAACAGAGAGAGAUGGCAGCUCCACCUGCUGGGGAACGUGCCGAUUACGAUUACCUCAUCAAGCUCCUUCUUAUUGGCGAUAGCGGUGGAUUAUUUGGGUUCUCGUUUACUUUCCAGAUCUUGUUCUCUAUAUCAAAUUAUAUAGAGAGAAGUUAUAACUUGGGAUUUUACAAUGGUUGAUGUGGCAAUGAGGUUGAAGAAGAUGUUGGAGAAGUACUUUGAUUCUCUACUUAGCUAGGCCUAGAAGUAAAGUAUAUAGCUGAGUAGCAGGCAUUUGAAGUUGUGCAAGUUACAUUAAGUUUAUAAGGCACACUGUGGAAUGGUGUUAAAGAAUGUUUAAGACAAAAUUAAGACGAGAAACUUGCAUAGGGAACUGAUUUUGAUUUAUGCUGUUGGGAUCCUAUUACCUGUAGAUAGCAGGGUUUUUUAUGGAAAGCAGUUCAUUAGUGUCUUCUCGGGCUGAUCUAAAAU